AUGAUCAGCAGUAUUGACUGGUUUCCACCUGAGGAAAAACCUAAACAUACUAGAACUAUUCAGUAUGGAGAAGCAGCAGCUGUGGAGGACAUGCUAGGAGUCAAGGAAGUGAGGAGUGGAAUGGAAAAGGUCGACCUCACGCGCAGCUUCACCUUCCGCAACUCCAAGCAGACAUACACAGGAAUUCCCAUUAUAGUGGCAAACAUGGACACUGUGGGGACAUUUGAAAUGGCCGUGGUUAUGGCAAAACAUGCAAUGUUCACUGCAAUUCACAAGCAUUAUUCUCUGGAAGAAUGGAAACUGUUUGCUGCCAAUCACCCAGAAUGCCUUGAGCAUGUAGCAGCAAGCUCAGGUAGUGGAAAAGCUGAUUUGGACAAGUUAAGAAGUAUUCUAGAGGCCAUUCCACCUAUCAGAUACAUCUGCCUGGAUGUGGCAAACGGCUAUUCAGAGCACUUUGUGGAGUUUGUGAAGUCUGUCCGUGCCCUGUUCCCACAUCACACCAUUAUG